AUGUGUCCGAUAACUGUCAGUGGGGUCUGUCUACUUGAGACGAUAAACCUUGGUGUCCUGCAUGUCCUCUAUAAGAGAGUCUAUAUACCUGGUCUAUCACGGAAUGUGCACCCUCCAGAUAACCGUUAG